UCCCUCACAGCAGACUCCCAUCAUAACCAAUCCCAGAUACUCUGGGUUUCCCACAAUGGAGGCCCUUUCUCCCGUGCACGGUUUCCAACCAGCUUACAUGGAUUGGACUACUACAUAGCUGAUGCCUCAGAAGACCAGGUAUUUGCCUGUGUGAACCACAACGCCACCCUCACACACCUGUACAUCUCAGAUGCCAGUGGCACCAACUUCUCCCUGUCCCUGGAGAGGGUGGUCUACUUCAACCCCAAGGGAGCUCUGAAGGACACUUGGUUAAGGUAUUUUGCUGACGAAUCCUUUGCUGACAUUCACCGUGUUGACGGGCUGCGUGGGAUAUACAUCGCCUCUCAGCUGGCCAAUGGCACCCUGGAUCCUGACAGACAGGUUACCCUGAUCACUUAUGACAAGGGAGGUAUGUGGGAGAGGAUAAAUGCUCCGUAUCAGGACAGUGAAGGAAACCACACUCAUUGUUAUAGGUUCAUGGACUGCUCUCUCCACCUCACCCAGCGACUUCAGCAGUUGUACCCACGGUCCCGCACAGCUGAGAUCUUGAGCAAGGCGUCAGCACCAGGCCUCAUUAUGGCUACUGGGGUCACCAAUGUGACAUCGUCACUGCGAGAUCACUUACCCAAUAUAUAUCUCACGACAGAUGCUGGGGCCAACUGGAAAGAGGUACUGAAGGGCCAGCACUUCUACAACUUUGGUGACCAUGGCGGGUUAAUAGUGGCCGUCCGACAGUAUGAAAUGACCAAUGAAAUUUUAUACUCAUGGAAUGAAGGAGAAAGCUGGGAAGUUUUGAUCUUUGGUCCUGAGAAGAUAAGGGUAUAUGGUGUGCUGACGGAGCCAGGGGAGCAUACCACCAUCUUCUCUGUGUUUGGCUCCAGGAGUCCCAUCCACAGUUGGCUCAUCAUCAAGGUCAAUCUGACCUUUGUGUUCAAUAACAUAGCCUGCAGGGGAGAUGACUACAAGGAGUGGACCCCCUCUGACCCCACAGAAGGACAUGGUAGGGGAUGCCUUUUGGGGCGCAAGGUGGUCUACAAUCGCAGAAGAGCUCAUGCCAAAUGCUUGAAUGGCAAUGACUUUGAUCGUCCAAUCAGACAAGAAAACUGUCUUUGCUUGAGGGCCGACUUUGAAUGUGACUUUGGCUUCAGACUGCAGUAUGGCUGGGCACCGCGGUCCUCCAACUGUCUGUAUGACGCAACAUCUGGCGUUGACGUCCACAGAGUGCCCACAAUCUGCCCCGAGGGAGGGACCUACUUUAGAACAAAAGGAUAUCGUAAAGUACCUGGAGAUACUUGUCAAGGAGGUGAUGAGGCGAGGUAUGGUCCAGAUAGACUGUUCUGCCCUGUUGGAGUAAAGCCAGAGUUUCUCCUGUACACCAGACGUACUGUGGUCCAGCGCUAUAUACUGGGGGACAAUACUACAGAGACCAUAGCUCUGCCCCACCUCUCCAACACCAUCGCUUUGGAGUAUGAUUAUAAAGGAAACUGUAUCUUCUGGGCAGAUAUCAGUGAGGAUUAUAUUAAGAGGAUGUGUCUCAAUGGCAGCGACACGGCAGAGGUUCUGGCAGAGGGACGACUGGAGUCUGUUGAAGGCCUUGCCUUGGAUUGGACCUCGGAGAACCUCUACUUUGUGGACGCAGGCCGUCGUGUGAUUGAGGUGAUGAAAACUGAUGGCAGAUUCCGUAGAGUUCUCAUUGAUGGCUCGCACAAUCAGAUCAUACCACACUCGAACAGUAAAGUUCUGGACAAACCCAGGGCCAUUGUGGCAGACCCAGCCCAUGGCUCUAUCUACUGGACGGACUGGUCAACAGAGCACCCGCAGAUUGUCAGAGCCUGGAUGAAUGGAGACCCAGAGUCCAUUCAGCGUAUUGUGUACAGUACACUAUAUGUGAAAUGGCCCAAUGGACUGACCAUCGAUGCCCAAGCUAGCAAGCUAUACUGGGCAGACGCCUACCUUGACCACAUACAGUACUCGGACCUGGAUGGCCGGAAUGUCCACACAGUGGUCAGUGGGCGUAGAUAUGCCCCUCAUCCUUACUCAAUAGCUGUGUAUAAGAAUGACAUCUACUGGACAGACUGGAUGUUACAAGGCAUCCUGGCAGCUGACAAGACCACUGGGGCGGGACUGCGGUACAUCAAGUCUGACCUGCCAAGGAUCAUGGACCUCAAGAUCUUCUCAAAGUCUUCCCAGGCCA